UCGCUGGCCCUUCGCGCCAGUCGUUGACAGCGUUGGCGCUGCGAGCUUCUUCUCCGACUGAGGACUCCUGCAUAUAUUUGAAAACUGAACAAUUUCAGCCAAGCUGAAGCAUUGUCUUCCCGGAGGCACGAAUCCAGCUUAGCUGAGCCACAACAGAUAUAAGUCAUCAUGGUGAAAAACUACAUAGGCGGUUGGAUCCUGGUUCUCUUUGUGGCCACAUGGAGCGACGUGGGUCUCUGCAAGAAACGACCGAAGCCUGGAGGAGGAGGGAGCAGUGGGGGGAGCCGAUACCCGGGGCAGGGGAGUCCUGGAGGCAACCGCUACCCACCCCAGGGUGGUGGUGGCUGGGGCCAGCCCCAUGGCGGCGGCUGGGGUCAGCCCCACGGUGGAGGCUGGGGACAGCCCCACGGUGGAGGCUGGGGUCAGCCCCAUGGUGGAGGCUGGGGACAGCCCCAUGGAGGAGGCUGGGGUCAAGGUGGCGGCACCCACAGUCAGUGGAACAAGCCCAGUAAGCCAAAAACCAACUUAAAGCAUGUGGCAGGAGCUGCUGCAGCUGGGGCCGUGGUGGGGGGCCUCGGCGGCUACAUGUUGGGAAGUGCCAUGAACAGGCCCCUGUUACAUUUUGGCAAUGACUAUGAGGAUCGUUACUAUCGUGAAAACAUGUACCGUUACCCCAACCAAGUGUACUACAGGCCCGUGGAUCAGUACAACAACCAGAACAGCUUUGUGCACGACUGCGUCAACAUCACGGUCAAGCAGCACACGGUCACCACCACCACCAAGGGGGAGAACUUCACUGAGACCGACGUGAAGAUGAUGGAGCGCGUGGUGGAGCAGAUGUGCAUCACCCAGUACCAGCAGGAGUCGCGGGCUGCGUACCACAGAGGGGCGAGCGUAGUCGUCUUCUCCUCCCCUCCCGUGAUCCUGCUCAUCUCUUUCCUCAUUUUCCUGAUAGUGGGAUGAGGGUGGCCUUCUGUUUUCACCAUCUUCUUCAUCUUAUACGAGGUUGGGGAAGGGGGUAUCUACCUACAGCCCUUUAGUGGAGGUGUGUCAUUCUCGCUUGUCCUUUUGUCAUCUGUAGGCUAAUACCCUUGGCACUGAUGGCACAGAGAAGUGUAGCAUGGCCUGGUAACGCUAUGUAUUCCAGCCCCAUGUGAUUGAGUCCUUCACAGGCCAGUGCGAAUGCCGGGCUGGUACGAGUGUAACAGCAAAUAAUUAUUGGUUGAUCUAGGCUUAUUUUUCAUCUAGUGCAAUGGAUUGAGGCUAAAACAAUUCUCAAACCAGUCUUCGAAUACAUUCGCCUAAAUACCUUCAAUCCCGUCCCCAGCUAGAGCUCAGUACACUAAUGCCCCAUCUCGGCAGUGAUUUUGUAGCAAUUCGGACACAUUUUCUCAUUCGUUUUAGGGAUACCUGACUGCAUUUCCCUGUUCAAACAGCAUUUCUGCCAAAUUUGGAAGGAAGCCACAUGAUACUCAUUUAAAGAACAAAACGAGAAAUCCUUAGCCCUUGAGCCUGGGUUCUGCCCACUGGAGAGCAUGUGGCCUGUGUCUGCAGAGAACUGUGACAAUGUUUUGCAUUUUGCAGUACAGGCUACACAGCAGCUAUUGCAUCAAGAGUAAAUAUUCAUGCAACAUUAGACCUCUGGACAGAGGACAUUUUCAUAGGGAAUGAAUAUACUAACAUAAUAUGAAAGGCUUCUGGGACUAAAAAUACCCAACAUUUGGGAGUGGUGCCCGUGGGGGGUAGAUGUUUAAAGCACCUACAUGUGGCAUUCCAUUCUUUAGUAACAAACUGUAGAUAAGUAAGUCAGUUUUAAAUUACUUUCUGGAGACUAAGAACAAUUCUCUUUUCGUUUACCAGAACUAGGAAUGAUUUUGACUUUGGGUAAAGCCAGGAGACUUUAACAUAUUGGAAGCUGCAGCUGUAGAAACGCCAUUAUCAAAAGAUUGUGUGAUGCAGAAAGCGAUCGGUGUACAAAGAAAAGAAAUGCUUGCGUUUCUUCAUUGCUAUCUCAUAAUUGUCAAAAACCAGAAUUAAGUCGAGUCCUUCGUUUUUGUAAUUGGAUUUUGAAUCAAAGAACAGGGAGUUAAUCUAAAAAAAAAAAAAAAAAAUCUUAGGAUGGAGAUGACAGAAAUAUGGUCCAUUCAGAGUGUAAAAAGAAAUUGUUAUUGUUAUUUAAGUAAGGUAAAAUUAUUCCCUGAAUCAUUCAAUAUUGCCACCUAGCAGAUCUAUAUUACUAUUCUGCAAUGUUAUUGGCUUGUAUUGUGCGGGUAUUCUAUGUAAAAAAAUAUAUAUAUAUCGCAUAUGACAACCUUAGAAGUUUUGGUUAGAGCAGUUAACAGCUGAAGUAUCUAAUGCAUUUAACCUGUUUUUGUAAGGUACUAAAUAUUUAAUAUGUAGGAAACCCUUUUGUUUGGUCCUUAAGCUUACAACAUGCACCGAAUUAGUUUUGUAUGAGGUCCAAAGUGGUCUUCGAAAUAAGCAUGUACUUUAUAUUUUCUAUAUUUGUAACUUCGCAUGUACUUGUUUUGUUGUAUAAAAAAAUUUAUAAAUGUUUAAUAUCUGACAACAAUUAAACAAGAGCUGAGCUGCAUCUUCCGUGGA